GGAUGUUCAUCCGUAGCUCGAAUCCUCGGGUCGCAAGAACGCUGGCGGGAACCCCAUAUCUGGUUUAACUCCGGCGAUCGUUCGGUGAUAGACGUGCACAAGCAGGGGUCGAUUCCAACAUUGGCCUAUAGUCAGGUACACAGUGUGGCUGGUACGUGGUGGCAGGCCGCGACCACAAGCAGCACCAGAACAGCAUCGUGAACCGGCUUCCCAGAUUCUUCUCGUCGUCAGUAUUUCACGGGCCGCUCGUCAUGCUCUUUAUCCUUCGGUCUACUGAUCUCAACUGUCUUCUCCAUUGCCCGAAACUUGGCUGGCCUUCGUCAUCAUUUGCAUCCUGCUUACGCUCUUCUGUGUUUCAUUAUCACUGCUUAAUUACCACACUUCAGCGAGAUGGCCCCCGGCAAUGCCUCAUACCUCAUCGUAGGGGCUGGUGUAUUUGGUGUGUCUACUGCAUAUCACCUCAUCAAGAAAUACCCCAAUGCAUCGGUGACGAUCGUGGAUCGGGAUGCUUAUGACGCAGAGAGCCGUGUGGCAGCGUCAUGGGACUGGAACAAGGUUGUGCGCGCAGAUUAUGAUGAUAUUGACUACUGCGCGCUGGCACUGGAGGCGCAGGACAUUUUCAAGAAUGAUCCGUUGUGGAAGCCAUAUUUCGUCGAGACCGGCAUCUACUGGAUUUGCCGCACUGAUUACGCCCAAGAUGUGAUCAACAACUACAAGAAGCUCGGCAGAAAAGCUGACUUGGAGGCUGUGUCUGUUGAGAAAGCCAAGAAGCUGUACGGCGGUCUCUUUGAAGACGCCGAUUACGAGGGUGUCAAAGAGGUCUUGGUCAACAGGACCAGCGGCUUCGCUUAUGCGGGUGAUGCGCUGAGGGCCGUCACCAAAGAGGCAAUCAGACUCGGCGUCAAGUACGUUGUAGCCGAGGUGUCCACCGUCAGCUUUGACAGCAACGGGACUUGCACUGGUGUCAAGACCAAGUCUGGUCAGCAGCUUCAAGCAACGCACACUAUCCUCUCGACUGGCGCGUACACGGCCAAGUUGCUCGAGUAUAGUGCGCAGAGCAGCGGCAACCCGGCUGUCAGCGCAGACGGGCGCAUUGUCGCCGGAGGAAUCACCACCGGCAUGGUCACACUAGACGACAAGUCGUUCGAGACAUACAAGUCAAUGCCUGUCGGCGUGCAGAGCUACCGUGUUGAGACGGGGCCGUUCAUUGGUAGCCUGCCACCAACCAGAGACCGCGAGUUGAAGUGGUGGGGGCAGAAGAUCUUUACCAACGAGCAAGAAGUGUUGCCAGGGAAGAAGCUCUCUGCACCUCCGCCUGAGAAAGACUACGCACAGUGGAAGGUGUCUAACCCACUCAAGGAGGACAUUGUGUAUGCGAACAAGGUCUUCUAUGGCAAGAGGGCCGCAAAUUGGAAGCAGGAGAAGCAUCGUAUUUGCUGGGAUGCUUUCACAACCAGCUGCGACUUCAUAAUCUCGCCGCACUCCGGAGCCAAGGGAUUGUAUGUUGCCACCUGUGGCUCUUUCCACGGCUACAAGUUCUUCCCCGUUCUAGGCAAGUACGUUGUGCAGAUGAUAGAAAAUGAGCUUGCACCAAAUCUGAAGGAGAAGUGGGCAUGGGACAGGGAGCGUCCCGAUGGCGCCGAAUAUCCAGACUUCCCUAGAUUCGAGAUGAAGGACCUUCUGGAUUACAAUGCCAGACUAUAAGUGGCUUCGGUAAUGGUGGGAUGAUGGGAUCUGUAGCUGUAGCAUCUUAAUUGUUUGCGUCUUUGAACGUUUGGCGCUGUAUAGAGGGACGGCAUUUUACGUCUUCGGAUGUUUACGAAUCCAGAACGAAAUUAC